AUGUCGCCCUCUGUCUUGUCAAAUCUGGUAACAUCAACGUCACGUCCAGAACAAGAGGCUCUAGAAUACUAUCAAGCAAACUUUCCUGAAUUGGAUAGAUUCAUUCUGGUCGUAUUGUCCCCUGAUCAACAAUAUACUACUCCUCUUGCAAGCUUCUCUCAUGAGGCUCUAUAUCGUAUCGCAUACACGAUCUGUUGGCAAGGAAUGAGACGCCAACUAUAUGACAAUGUCAUAGGCUCCAUCACACAAAUACUCACUGCACAGUACGAAACUCUCUCUUCAAUCGAGGUCCCUGCUUCUUGGUUUAAACAGUUUGCAAAGCUGCUCAUCAACCACGAUCGUGCCACGUCUACCAUGUCUAGCAUAUUCGCAUACUUGAAUCGAACAUAUGUAAAGAGUGAAUUGCAACUGGAUCUGACUACUGAACUACGACAACUGCUGUAUGCUCGAUUCGUCCAAGGUCAAAGUGAGAAAAUCUUCCGUGCUCUCCGAAUGGUCGUGGCAGGAACAAUCUCAAUCCAGGGAGGUGUCAUCCAAAUUCCAGGAAGGGAUAUGGCAGAUCUCAUUCAGUGCCUUCACCGCAUCAGUACAGGCAAGCUAUCUCAAGCUCAUUCAUCCUAUUACUUCUUUUGGUAUAAUCCUCCACUCUUCCAACAAUGCAUACCAAACUUCCAACCUCCCACAAACGCCGCUGAACUCAUAGCCAGGUUUGAUCAGACUCAGGCUCGAUUGGACGUGGAAUCUCAAAUGAAUGGAAUGCCACCUACUUCUGACAUGAGCAGCAGAAAACAUGGGCAGGAUCCCGAUGAAACUCCUACUUCAAUGGCAAAGCGAGUCAAUCAAAUUGAUUAUAACGACGGAAUGGAUCAUGAUUAA